AUGAGCCAGGCACGAGUAAAAGCAGGCCUCCCUCAGCUGCACGGCCCACCCAGUGGACACUGCGGCCACCGGCCUCCCUGGCUGCGCUGCCAUCACCCCUUUGGGGACUUUGGGCAGCUGUCCUCGUGGUCUCCCCCUCCUGCCCUGGCCCGAGGUCCCACCUUGGUGUCCUUGUCUGUGCUGUCCCUGAAGUGUGGGCUGGACCCAGCAGCUUGCUUCUGCUUGAGUGGCACAGAAGUGCAGGGUGAUGUCUCGCAGCAGCAGGUGCGGGGCGAGGGGGAGGGGUUGUCUUCCCACUGCAGGGCCUGGAAGCAAGUCCUUCAGGACCACCCCCGGGCACAGGGCCUCGGGGAGUGCUCAGGUGGACAGAUCCCACCCCACCCCGGGGGUGUGCUCACCCAGGGCUGCUUGCAGGUGGACAGAACCGAGGUGGUCCGGAGCAGCCUGCAUCCGGUCUUCUCCAAGGUCUUCACACUGGACUGCUGCUUUGAGGAGGUGCGGAAGCUGUGCUUUGAGGUCUGCGACAGCCGUGGGCCCAACAGCCUCAGCUGCCAGGAUGACGACUUGGGGGGCAUGGAGUGCACCGUGGGGCAGGUGGGCGCCCUUCCCCUUGGGAAGGAGAGGGAGGAGGACAGCAUGGAGACCUCAGCUGGUCCUGGCGGCCGGUGCGAUGGCAGUGGUGGCCGGGGACAGCGUGAUUACACACAGACUGUGUACCAGCUGCCCCUGGUGAGCCGGUGUUGCUGGCUGCACACAGCAUUCCGGGUCAACGCAGCCCAGUCAGGGGCUCAUAGCCCAACGGGGAAUGCAGCCCCGGGGGGCCUGAUCGUGGCCCGGAAGAAGGUGACCCGAGCCCUGCUGCUGAAGUUCAGCGGGAACGCCGGCAAGUCCCCCAUCACGGUGAUAGUCGGGGACGUCUCUGGGAACAGCGGCCAUGGGGCGCUCUCCCUCCGUGCCAGGAAGCUGGAUGACAAGGACCUCUUCAGCAAGCCGGACCCCCUCCUCGAGCUGUACCGGAGCAACGAUGGUCAGAGCCAUCGGCUGGUGUACAGGACGGAGGUGGUGAAGAACGACCUGAGCCCCACCUGGCAGCCUUUCAAGGUGUCUCCGAGCAGCCUGUGCAGCUGUGAGGAGCCUCGGCCUCUGAAGGGCCUCGUCUGGGAUUAUGACUCCCGCGGGAAGCACGACGUCAUCGCAGAAUCCUCUCCCACCUUCGCGGAGAUGCAGAAUGCCUUCCGGGAGGACCAGGCCCAGUGGGACUGUGUAAAUCUCAAGUAUACGCAGAAGAAGCGCUGUUCCGAGAACUCUGCAGUGGUCAUCCUGGCAGACCUGAAGUUCUACAGGGCGUACUCCUUCCGGGACGACAUCAUGGGCAGCUGCCAGACCACUUCGCGAUGAGUGGCCGUUGACUUCACGGCCUCCACUGGGGACCCCAGGAACAGCUGCUCCCUGCACUACAUCAACCCCUUCCAGCCCCAUGAGUUGCAGGCCCUGGCGGCUGUGGGCGAGACCUGCCAGGACUACGACAGCGACAAGAGGCUCUCUGCUUUGGGGUUUGGAGCCCGGAUCCCUCCCAAGUAUGAGGUGUCCCAUGACUUUGCCAUCGAUUUCAACCCUGAGGACGAUGAGUGUGAAGGUAAGAGCGCCAGGCGCCCGGGGUGGGGCUGCAGCGGGGCUGGGCUCACCCCCCUCCCCCGCCAGAGUACGGGGCGUGGAGGAGGCCUACCGGAACCGCCUGCCCAGGGUCCAGCUCUAGGUGCCGGCGCUGGGCGCAUGAGGAAGGGCUGCCUGCUGCGGGGGGACAGGGCAGGGCCGGGGUCCGCCGUGGGCGAGAUGGGGCAUGGAGGCAAGGAGGCCGAGGGAACAGGGGCAGCGGGCAGGAGGCCGGUGUGUCUGGACCGAGUGAGGACCCGGCUGGGAGAUGCCAAGGGACCCAGAGCCAGCGCUGCCCUGAAGGGUCCCUGUGGGCCCUCUCCCCUGUGUCCGCGGCACUACUACAUCCUGCUGAUCCCGUCAAACGGCGUGGUGACCAACACGGCGGACCGCUCUCGCGAGGCCAUCAUGCGCGCCUCCCACCGGCCCGUGGCUAUCAUCGUGGGGACGGGCAACGCCGACUUCACCGCCGCGCAGGUCCUCAGCGGCGGCAGCGGUGUCCUGUGCUCCCCCCGGCGCGAGCCUGCCCUCCGUGACUUCUUGCAGUUUGUGCCCUUCCGGGAGCUCGAGAGCGCGUCCCCCGUGGCGCGGGCCAAGGGUGUGCUUGCCCAGGUGCCCAGGCAGCUGGUUGAGUGUUACAGCCACAAGGAAUGCCUCUGAGAGACCUCGGCGAGACCAGGCCGGGCUCCGCUCCGCGAGGACACACGCGGCUUUGUGCCUUUACUGCCCCCCCAGCAGAGGCCUGCAACUCCUGGAGGGAUGGGGCGGUGCGUGUGUGCCCUGCAGCUCCCACACUGGAGCCGGGAGCUUCUAGUCAGCCUCACCAGCUCCCUCCUGGACUGAAACAAGGGCCCUCCCAGGAAUGAAAGGGUGCAGGGGGCCAGUGCUUGACCGUGCGAUGGCCACCCCUCCCCGCGCAGCCUCCUCUGGGCUCCUGUGAUUCCCUGCCUGAAAUCUGCAGCAGCCAGGCUCGGGUGGGGAGGGGCUCCAUACACUGGGCUCUACGAGGACCCACUGGGGGCUGUGUGCUAUGGGCUCUGUCAGGGGAGGGGUCACCACCUGCCAGCGCCUCCCAGCCCUCUGGGGGUGGAUUUCCAAUUGAGAUUUCCCCUAAAUUAUCUUGUCGGGGAGAAACAAACUGUUCCGACCCUGAAUCCAGGCCCACCCAUCCCUCCAUCCAUCCACUCUGGGGGCCUAUUUUUAGCUCCUGAUUCAUCUCCCGUUCAGCGGGGAUAAUGGGCAUCGCCAUGGUAACCUGGCUACCACUGAAUUCCAGAAGGGCCGAUAUUGGUCUCUUCGGGGAUGCGAGGACACCCAAGAAGCAGCCCUUCCAUCCACAUCUGGGAGGCAGCAGGGCUGCAGAGUGGCGGUGAUGUGGUCCCGAGCAGCGAGGGCAUGCGGAGCUGUGAUGUGGACCAGUUAUGACCGACUCUCCCUCCCAGCCCUGCCGGCCCUGGGGGGCGGCCGCCUCCUGGAGUCCAGGACCUGGGGUCCGUCAGGACCUCCGUCCACCCCUGCACGCAACGCUGCACAGAGCGCGAGGUGGCAAGACGCUGGCUUCCACUAGGGGGCGCCCCAAACCAGGCGCUCACAGGACCCCGUUCCGCGCUGACAGCAAAUCUGCAGCUUCUUCCCCAGCUUUACUGAGACGCAACUGGCAGGGAAAAUUAUAAUAAUUUUUGUCUCAGAGUGAGUAUUCCAACAUUUCAAGGCAGAAACAGUCAUGUGUGUUGUCUGGUGGUAGCUGCUGCGCAUUCCCCACUGGGCAUUACAGUAGCUGUGGAAAUGGGUAAACUCCGAAUUCCUAAACACAGUUGUUUCCAAGAGCUUGGGAUGAGGGAUUGUGGACAUUUGAGAGGUCAGCCUUGUAAAACCAAUUUAAAAUAUGUGCUUGAGAAAUUGAUUUCAAUGUGUGAUUUAAAGUUGAAAUCUUACUGGGUACAUACAAUAUUGGACCAUCUCAGAGAGCUUCGGGGGCUCCAGCUUCACAAGUGUAAUUUGCUAGAUGUACAAGUUUCUAUUUGUUCUGUGAGACAACUGUAGGAGCUAAAAAGAAAGUCAAAUGGAGUGAAUGUAUUAAUAUAAUUAAACAUGUUUAUAGGAGCUUGU